AUGUUGGCGACAACAUCUCAGCUUUUUGAAAAGGUGGAAGAAGCCUGGCGAUGCUGCGAUGCCGAACUCACGGACAUCGUUCGACGUUGGCUUGCUGUGCAUGGGUUUCCAGAGGGACACCGGAGCCUUAGAUUCCCCGAGGACUUCAGAAGGUUCGUACUCAAUAUCAAAGUAUAG